GCAAGCGCCCUACAUUAACGGCUCUCGGGACUCGGCGUGCGCGUGUCUUCCGUUUGUCCAUCGCCAUGGCCGCCGACAUCAGCCAGUGGGCCGGGCCGCUGUGCCUGCAGGAGGUAGACGAGCCACCCCAGCACCCCCUGCGGGUCGACUAUGCCGGGGUGAAGGUGGACGAGCUGGGCAAAGUGCUAACGCCCACCCAGGUUAUGAAUAGGCCCAGCAGCAUAUCAUGGGAUGGCCUUGAUCCUGGGAAACUCUACACCCUGGUCCUCACAGACCCGGAUGCCCCCAGCAGGAAGGACCCCAAAUUCAGGGAGUGGCACCACUUCCUGGUGGUCAACAUGAAGGGCAAUGACAUUAGCAGUGGCACUGUCCUCUCAGAUUACGUGGGCUCCGGGCCUCCCAAGGGCACAGGUCUCCACCGCUAUGUCUGGCUGGUAUACGAGCAGGAACAACAGCUGAGCUGCGACGAGCCCGUCCUCACCAACAAGUCUGGAGACAAUCGUGGCAAGUUCAAGGUGGAGACCUUCCGCAAGAAGUAUAACCUGGGAGCUCCGGUGGCGGGCACAUGUUACCAAGCAGAGUGGGACGACUAUGUGCCCAAGCUGUACGAGCAGCUGGAAGGGAAGUAGGGGCGCUGUAGAGGCCAGCAGUCCUGGGGCCCCCACAGUGUUGUUAAGUUUGGAAAACAUGCCUUUCUCCCCCACCCCACCCUUUUCUUUCCUACCCUCUCAUAGGGAGUUCUCAGCUGUGCUAGGAUAGAGGUUUAGGGUGGCUUCCUGCUUGCUGCCUGCCAUUACGAUUCUGGAUAGUCACAUCCCAGUUUGACUGAAUUUAGGUUCCAUCUGGGGAGGUGUCUAGUGUUCUGAUGGAGUCAUUCUAUCAUUGAUUUAAAAAGAGCAACUCUGAGAAAGAAAACAUUCUGCCAGGAUCAGGUCCACAGAGGAGAGCCAGAGCUAGUGUUGUCUGUGAGUAGUUGAACAAGGAAAUUUUGCCCAGAACCAGGCACAGUGGGAUCUUUAGAGGUGGGCUUUUAGGGCCCUGUCCCCCAAAUGAGACACCCCAAGACUCCCAACUCAGCUGAUCCUUGACUGUCCAGGUCAGGUGGCUGCAUAGGUAUCAGUGUCCCUCAAAAGAACAGUGCUGUGUGGAGAAAGAUGCUCGUAAGCCCCUUGCUUCUCAGUGGGGUAAGCAAAAGUCACCGAAGUUGCUGAGUGUGUUAAUCCUCCUCAUCAAUACAAAUAAAAGGCAUUGCAUUCAGACA